CUCACACCCAGGGGGAGGGUUUUAGGGGCGCAAAGCUCCCGUGCGAUCCGCGACGACGACGACGACGACGAUGGGUUUCCGAUUCGCCCUCCUCCUCUUCUUCGUCUUCUCCCUCCUCUCAUCCUCGGCGCGGUCCGAUCUCGUUAUCUCCAGGGUCGAUCGACAGAUUGAUUUGACUUCACAUAUUGUACGAGUUCUUUCAUCGCUGAAGGUAUGCACAAUCCUCUUUCUGCUGUCUUUUAUGCCUUUUGAAAAUAUGCAUGACAUUAUUCCCGUGGUAUUCUUCGUUUCAGCGUUUCCAGACAUGGCAGGUGCAGGUGCAAAUGUAUUAGCUUCUCAUGCAACGUGCACUGAUCACCACGACCCAAAGUCUACCAAGCGGAGAAACCAGGUCCAGGGGCGGCGACAGUGCCGGCGUAAACACGGUUUCGGCUCAGAGAACAAGCUGAAGCCGCCGACCAUCGUAACCGGCGAGAGCCCGAGCACGCUCCGGGCCCACGUCAUGGAGGUUCCCCUGGGGCGUGACGUCGCUGAGUGUGUUGCACGCUUCGCCAUGCGCCUCCGUCGCAGCAUCUACGUGCUGUCCGCCGGCGGCUGCCUGACGAACGUCACGCUUCGACGGCCCGGCGGUGGUGUUGUGACCCUGUACGGGCAGUUCGAGAUCUUGACGCUCGUGGGGUGCUUCUUCUUUCCUACUCUGGCAGCAGCUGCUCCGAAUGCGAAGGUGGCAUCGCCGGAGGUUGGUGGUGGGCUGACAGCCUACCUUGCUGGCUCACAGGGGCAAGUGGUCGGCGGCAGUGCGGCUGUUGGAGGUCUGGUUGCUGCGGGGCCUGUUGUGGUUGUUUUAGCGUCCUUCGUGGCUGCAGCUUUCGACCGGCUCCCGCUGCCCAAUGACGAGGACUUAUCGCAGCGGUGUCUAAAUAAAAUANGUUGGCUGCAGGUUGUUUUGCCUGAAGGUUCGAAAGAUAUUUCUGCGUCUGCUCCAUUCCACACCAAACAAUCAGAAGAGGUGAAGUACUCGCACCUGGACAUUGUUGGAAGGCCUGUAGUGGUGUUAGAGAAGACUAAUGUUGUUCCGGAGCAUAAUCUGUAUUUUCAGGUGUUCUAUAGAUUCAGCAACCUUUCACUGCUUAGAGAGCCUCUGAUGUUGGCUACUGGUUUCUUCCUUCUGUUCGUUGCUUGUAUCGUUUACAUGCAUACUGACAUGGCGAUCUCAAAGACUUCUGCUUCAUAUUUGGCAAAAUUGCAAUGGGAUGAGGUUCAAGCCACAGUUCAGCGUGUCCAGAACAUUUUUGACCAAUACUUAAAAGUCCAUGAUAAGCUGGAAUCCUCCUUACGCGAUCUCUCCAGAACCGGAGAUGUUCAAUCGUGUAAAGCUGCCCGUAAAGCAGCUGACACGCAAUUUAAGGAAUUGACAAAAGAGUUGAAGCCUAUGUUGACAUUCUUGCAGUCAUCCCCCCAGGCUUCUCAGAUAUGGCCCAAGAUAGAGGAGCUGGUCGCAAAGGAGAGGGAGAUGCAAGAGAAAUUAAUGCAGAAGCAUUCUACCGUUGUUGAGUGCUUCGAGAAGAAGUUGGGCGGGCGAGAAGUAGAGAACCGAGUUGCUUCGCUGCAGCAGAAACUUGCCGCUUUGAGACAGGAGGUCGACAAUCUCCUCGAGGUCAUCAAUGAGAUUUAAAUUCUUUCCUUUUGGGUUGAAACCUCACCUAUAUGAGUCCGAUCAGAUAAUGCUUGCCUAGUUUCUGUAUUAAUUUACCUGCUGAGAGUAACACUGAGGACGCAAACUUUUUGUCCUGUUCUUGCAAGGAAUUCCUAUGUCAUGGUUAUUUAACCACAUUCAAAGUAGUGAGAGAACUUAAAAGCUUGCUUUAUAAGGUACAUCUGUUAUUCUGCAAUUACACUCGAUGCCGUCCCUAGUUCUGGGUGCAUUUCAUGUGGAACAAUGAGAUCGCAAUGUACUCCGAAUUCACUACCGGAGGAUAUAUUCCUAAGAUUGUUGCUAAGAUUGUUGGACCCUCAUUAAACUAAUCAUUAGCAGGCACGUUUUUGUGAGAUUAUUUUAUUUAUUA